UCGAUAAGCAAAACACGUGUAGCGUGCGGGCUCCACCGCGAUAAUAUUAUUAAUUUAGUUCGUUAUAUGUUGUGCAAGAAAAACUGAUUCAACAUGACGACAUCAUUGGCCCAACAGCUGCAGAAAUUGGCAGCACCCCAGACAACGGUCACGCUUGCCGAUGCCCGAAGUCGCGCCUCGAUAUUGUUCGAUCCGAAGACGGCGGCCACCAAAGACAGGAGGGCCAUCUAUGAGAUUGGACUGACUGGACUGCAGGAGCUGACCGACUUUAAUCCAGCGUUCAAGGAGUUCCAGUUAACGCUUUUCGAUGAGGCCACGCUCACGCUGGAGCGCUCCGUGGAGCUGCCGGAGGUCAACAAAAUGCUGGAUGCGGCCAUAGCCAAGUUUCUGCGUUUGCUGUCGCCUUACAUACUGCUGAGGCCGGCUCACAUGGCAUUCGAGUGGCUGCUGCGUCGCUUCCAAAUCCACGAGUACAACAGGGGCGAGGUGAUGGCCUUGAUUCUGCCAUACCAUGAGACAAACAUAUUUGUCCAGAUCUUGCAGACAAUGAGACUGCGCGAGGCGGAUGCCGAGUGGUUCUGGCUGCGACCCCUGCAGCGACCAGGUGUGCCGCUGGCCAAGACGGCCCUGAUCAAUCGGGCAGCCAGCAAUCCCGCCUUCCUCAGCUUCGUUUGCCGCAGCACUCGCAAGGCCGUCAAGGAAUUGGGUCCACGUGCCCAUCAACUGCAGGCGCAAAUAAAUUUCUAUGCCACCAUCGUUGUGGGCGCACUGCAAACAGCCAAGCCACUGGAGGAUUGGCAUAUUAGUACCAUAUUGGAGGCACUGCUGCAGGGCCUGUUAUCCGACACUAUCGAUUUCAUGGCCGCCUCCUAUGUGAUUGUGGCCCAACUGGUGUCCCGCACCAAACUCAAGACCAAAGUCUGCAAUGCCCUGCUCGAGCGUGUGGCCAACUGUCCAUUUGAGCGUCUGCAAACCGAAUCCCUGCUGCUGCUGGUGUGCAUCUAUGGCAAGCAACAGGCUGCCGGGCCACAGCUCAAGCCGGAAACUGUUUUGAAUUUCAUUGGCCAAAAGUGGCUCAUUGCGGCGUUGGCAUCGCUGGCGAAUGGCAACUUUGCCAUCCAAUCUUUAUGCAUGCCCUUAAUGACGGGCGCUGUAACAGCCAUACGAGAGGAUGAUCCAUCAUCUGGUUCGUACAAGCAAUUCCUCGACAAUCUGCUGUCAGAUGUGCCCUUGCCCAAGCCCUCAGCUCAGCAGUUAAUUAAUUGCUUUUUGGAUACUUUUGUGAGUACCGAAAGUGAGCCCCCGGCACCCUCACCCAUACCUAUGGAAGAGGAGGAUACAAUUGUCAUUGAUUCAGAUGAUGAAAUGGAGGCAGAGAAGAGCAGCUUUCAGACCUGGUAUGCCGCUUACCUUGAGAAGCUAGAGAAACGCUACCCGGAGGCCUUUGAUUUGAGUGUGAAAGAGGCGCUGAGAGCCAGAUCCACGACCAGCAAUCGCCAGAAGGCUCUCAAAUUGGCUUUGGGUUUCCGUUUAAACACCUCGGAUGAAAAGGCAAAGCGUGUUUAUGAGAAACUGUAUCACUACAGCCCCGAUUGGCGGCUCAGCGCGGUGCAGCAGCUUGUGCAGAAUUUAAAAACUGGCAAGAAACGCGAGCGUAGCGUCAAGCUAUUGCAGGAGUGUCUGCCCGAUCGAAUCAACGAUGACAGUGGUGCUGUGGUGGCUGCCAUCCUCUCGCUGCCUACUGAGGAGCUCUUGCAAAUGCUGGAGCCCGUGGUCUUUGCCCAGACUCUGUGUCGCCUGCUGCGUCGUGCCCAAGCCCAGCAAAAGCAGAAGGAAUGGCGUGCCUUGGUGCCACUUUCCGUUCAACAUUUGACAACUACUGCGGUUAGCAAUCAUUAUGACACGAAUCUAGUGCUGCUGGCCCUCAUGCCGCUGCUCUUUCCGUCCGAACCUUUGGCCGAACACGAGCACUGUGCCUUGCUCAUGAUACUGAAGAGUGAGUUCUGCGCGAAGGUGCCAUUCCUGGGACAAGUGAAGGUCAGCAAGAAGUACCCAGAGUUUGCGGUGAGCAAACAUCGUCAGCACUUUCUGGACGUGAUUGCCGGGAGCAGCCGUGAGCUGUUUAGCCAGGAGCAGGCACUGCUGCAGAGUGUCGAAGAGCAUGGGGGCGAGGCCCACAUGCAGGAUGCCUCCCAAUUGACGCAUCUGCUGCUCCUGCUCACCGCCUAUGCCAAGCGGCAGCUGCUGCCCCAAGAGAGUCUGCCCAUACUGGAGAGGAUCUGCCAGUACAGUCGCGGCAUUCAGUUCAGAGUCAACAAAAGCCACCGCAGCGAUCAGAACUUUGUGCCGCUACAGCUAUACCUCGACUUUCUGCUCACUUUGGCGCGGAAUACCAAAUGGGCGGGACUCGUGGCUACGCCCUGGACACAGCCAACGGAUGGACUGCGCCUCUGCCUGCGUCUGAUGGAGAUUCUGGGCGCACAAGUGUUCACCGAGCGAUGUGAUGCAGAGGAGCGACUAGAAUGGACACAGGCCCUCAAGCGAUGCCUCAGCAUAAUGCUGCCCGCACCUCAACAUAAGCUGGAGUUCCUCUCCAAUUUCUGUGUAUUCGAGAGGCUGCCAGAACUGUGGGCAAACGACUCGGAUUAUACAGUGCUCCGUGUGCAAGGCUUCCUGCUGCUGGAGGCGGUGGUGGCCAAUCAAGACUCCAAGCUAGAGUGCAGCCUGUUGCAUGUGCUGCGUGUGGCCAACGCCUGUGGCUCGCCACUGCAGACACUCCGCCUGCAGGCCAUGGACACGCUUCAGUUGAUGAGCCAGCGAGAGCUCGAGCCGCAUGUUCAGCAGCUGGUGAAGGCGCUGUUGAAGCGGAGAAGCGAACUGGGCAUGGAUCACGAGCAGUACGCGCUGAUACUGUACACCAUACUGCAGCCAGAGCAUGCCACGCCCAAGGAGAAGCUGCUGCUAUCGAAGCUACGACGAUCCGUGCUGGCUCUGGCCUCAGAUCCCGAGCAGCCACCAAUUUGCACGGACUUCCUGCUGCGUGCCCUGAAACAUGUCAACGAUGAGAGUUUCUUGACGACGCUCCUGCCGCUGGGCAUUGCGGCACUUGAGAAGAUUACCCUCGAGCAGGGGCCCAACAGUCAGCUGAAGCAGCUGCCGUGGCCCUACAGUGAGAUCUACAAAUCGGUGAUGGAACGCUACGAGGGGAACAUAGCGCUGAAUGUGCUACAGCGGCAACCACUCGCCUGGGAUCUGUUUGAGGCGAGCUUUGCGCAUCACGAUGCCUACAUUCAGCUGGACCAGAAGCUGCAGCCCGUACCCUGUGUCCUGCUGGGCAUACUCACACCCGAAACGUACGAGCGGCUGCAGUCGAAGCACAAAGUGUCGCUGAUCAGGCUGAUAGUGGAGGCGGCCACCAAGGCGGACAAUGAUAGCAUCUUCCUGGCCAGCCAUCGGCUGCUCAAGCGCUGUCGCUUGGAAUGCCAGCCACUGGUGCAAAUGCUAACAGAGAUGUGCGGCAAGGGAGUGCGCGCCAAGACCCCGACGAGGCGUGGAAGUACAGCCACCAAGCAGGUGGACCUAACCAAUGCCUCCUGGAAGCAGGGCAUGACGCUGCUGGAGCUGCUCGAGAGCAAGAAGCAGCUAAUUGGCUCGGAGCUGCUGAUACCCACCCUGUUCGAGCUGUUGCAGUCUUGCCUCACGCUGGAGGAGCACACCGCUGCCGAGUAUCCCAAGCAGUUGAUACUCUCCAGCCUGCUGCACUGCUGCCAAACUGCCCAAGCGGCUGGUGUGCAGCUGGCCAAGGCACUGCCCGAGUCCUGUUUCCGCAUCGAGCAGGUGGUCCAGUGUCUGAGGAACACAAAGAACCCACAGACCCAGCAGCAUGCUCUACUCUUUCUCACCCACUGCGCGGGUCUCUAUCCGCAGCAGGUGCUGCACAAGAUUGUGGAAAUCUUCACUUUCGUCGGCUCCACAGUGGCCAGGCACGACGAUGCCUUCAGUCUGCACAUCAUCCACAAUGUUGUGGAGUCCAUUAUACCCAUUCUGCUGCUGAAUACCGGACAAAGGGAUCGCCUGGUCAUACCCGUGCUGAAGGUAUUCGCAGACAUCUGCACGGAUGUGCCAGUACACAGAAGACUGUCGCUCUAUGCGACGCUGUUUCGUGUCCUCGAUCCCAAGGCGCAUCUCUGGCAGUUCCUGUGCAUUCUCUUCGAGUCUCAAGUGCUGCUGGAAUCGUUGCCGCACAAGGUGGCGGUGGAUAAGUCGCGUCUAGACUUUGCCCGCGAGUUGACGCUGAUGUUCCAGGAGCCAAGUGUCGCCCUAGAGACGUGCAUACGCCUGUUGGAGUAUCUCGGCCAGCUGCCCGUGGACAAAAGCAAUCAAUCGGGAGCGAGUGGAGGCGGCUCCUCCUCCCUGCUGUCCACUGAGCAGCAACUCUUUGAUGUCCGCACGCGUUCGUUCAAGCAGCUGAGGCACUACAAAUAUGUCAUCAUGGACUAUCUGUCGGGCAUUAGCAGCUCCAUCGAGUGGCAGGCAAAGAUGAAGAGUGCCAAUCCCGGUGAUCUGCUGCCUCACUAUCAGGCCCUCAUACUGCAGACCCUUGCCUUUGUGGAUGUCAUCAGUCGUGCCCUGGAGGCAGCCUCGGGCAAUUCCUCGCUGGAAAAGUACUGGCGGGUGCUGUCCAAUCACGCGCAGGAUGUGCUAGACAAUGCCAUUGGCAUGCUGGCGCCGGAAUACUUCCUCCAUGUGAUCACCGAUCUGCUGGAGCAUCCACUGAUCCAAGUGCGCAUCAAGGUGCUCGAACUGCUCGUCACGAAGCUGACGCCCACAUGCGACUACUUUGCCCACUCGACGACGGAGCACUUUGGUGUGCUCUUCGCUCCGCUGGAGGCCAUUAUCAAUGGCAUUCUGGACAGUGGCUCCAGUAAUCCACAGCAGGCUCAGCUCCAGCAGACGGCCCUGCAGGCGCUGCAACUACUGGCCCAUCGCCAUGGCAGGGACUUCCUCGACGAGUGCCGCUCCCUGCUGGCCACACUCACAAGGAUCACCAAGCGACGCUCCAAUGUGCCCAAGGCUGUUGUCGGCAAUGUGGUGCUCACUCUCGGUGAGAUAUGCUCCAGCCUGAAGGCGCACGCGCUCGCCCAGCUGCCCAAGUUUGCGCCACAACUGACGGAAUUCCUCAAGGAGCAGGUCCAUCAAAUGGUUACACACAAACAGGGACCAGAUUAUGUCUGCUCCACACUCGUGACGGCUUUCCACAAACUCUUCAAGGCUUUGCCCCUCUUUCUGGGUCCCUAUCUGGUGGACAUCAUCUCUGCCCUGGUCCGUCUCUCUGUGCAGCUGAAUAGUCCACUCUUGGCACAAGAGAAGCGCGCACAGGCACUGAGAUUGCGUCUGCAGGAGCUUUGGUCUGUCGUUGCCCACGGCGUGGAAGUGAGGAUACUGGUGCCAAGCUGCACCAAGACCUACAGCAGUUUGCUUGAACUGCAGGCCUACGAUGAGGUGGGACAGCUGAUGUCGCAGCUUUUGCUGCAGUGCGUUAAGCACAAUACCAAUGCCCAGCUACAGCCGGUGCAGGAGGCGCUGAGCGAGUUCUUCCUUCAGGCGCUCGAGUUCCGUUUUCAGGUGCGUGGCCGAGGACUGGAACGGUCGCAGGUGUCGCAGAUUGAGGGCGGCAUUUCCGAGGCAUUUGUCACGUGGAUCUUGAAGCUGUCGGAGAGCAGCUUCCGUCCCAUGUAUUCGAAGGUGCACAAAUGGGCGAAGGAGAGCAGUGCCAGGGAGACGCAACUCACGUAUUUCCUGCUGACCAACCGCAUUGCCGAGGCCCUCAAGUCGCUCUUUGUGCUGUUUGCCAAUGACUUUAUCGGGGACAGUUCGCAGCUGCUGCAGCAGCACAACACACUCAAUCCGGCAUUCACUGCCGGCGAUAAUGCAGAGGAUGAUGAGGAGCUGCUGGUGGCCAUUUUGGGCACCCUCAAUCAUGUAUUUUUGCACUGCACCGAUGAGUUCAUCAACGAGCAUCGCUUCAACACACUCAUGCAGCCGCUGGUGGAUCAACUGGAGAACGAUCUGGUGCUGGGCAGUGAGCCACUGCAGCUGGCGCUCAGCAAUUGCAUUGCCCAGCUGGCCGUGGCCACGAACGAUGUCAUGUGGAAGCAGCUCAACAGUCAGGUGCUCCUCAAAACACGCACCACAACGCCCGAGGUGCGUAUCCUGGCCUUCAACACUUGUGUGUCCAUUGCCCGUAAACUGGGAGAAAGCUUCGCUCCCCUGCUGCCGGAGACGGUGCCAUUUGUGGCCGAACUCCUGGAGGAUGAGCACCAGCGCGUGGAGAAGAACACACGCAAUGGCGUUCAGGAAUUGGAAGCCAUUCUAGGCGAACCAAUUCAAAAAUAUUUGUAAAUCCAGCAUUAAGGUGGAACCAAUUGAAAUAUGACAAAUACAAAGUGAAUAGCAAUAUGGAA